UACACCAUGAAGUAGCAUCACAAUGGCAGUGAAACCUUUCUCAAAAGAAGAAUUGAAUUUCUUCAAAUUUGCAUCCAUCGUUCACGAUGAAUUUCCAAAGAUGUUGCGUUCGACAUUUGUAACAUUGUGGGAUAGGAAGAUUGCACCGUUGCCUGGUUACCAAGUUUGGGACGACACACCCGCAGUCCGCACGCUUCUUUUGGCGCUCGAAGGCGGUACAACUCCCAUACCAACCAAUGAUUCGUUCGAGGAUUGGGAUUGUACAGCCCUGUUCAAGGCAACUAUUUACUCUAAGACUUUUGCAAUCUCUACGACAACGACCAUCAAGACACUCAGUGAUAAGUUUUUAAGGGGGAAGAAACCCAGUCCUUUUCAUGUUUCGGUAAUCAGUCCAACUGGGAACCAGGAUGAAACUAUAACUUUAACUAUCGACCAAGUUCGACUGCUUAGAAACAAAUUUUGUCACUUGCCUAAGUUUGGUAUGACAAAACCUGUCUUUGAUGAUUAUGUUCAACUUGCUAAUGAUGCUUUUACUGCAGUUGGAUUCCCAACAGCUCAAAUUGAUUAUAUUGCUGGUCUUAUGGAGGAUGAUUUUCCAACUGCGAGAGUUGAUGAGUUGGAGAGAGAAAUUAGAGCUAUUGCGUCGGAGCGCAUCAACUUUCUUGAGGAACAGCUGAAGAAAACAAUGGAUGAUAGGUGGGAAAUCCAGAUGUUCUUUAAUGAAUAUUUUUCACAAAAUCUUGAAGAAAUUAAAAAGUGCGUCAUUGAUAACCAGACUACUGGAACAGGUAUAAAAAUCCAAUCUUCAACUGGGCAGGAAAAUCAUGGAUUUGUAGCGCUUUCAAUAUCUUGCAUGGUGGUCCACGUCCAAAUGUAA